AUGAUAAUUUUGGGCAUGAAUGUCGUGUAUUGUUUCAUAGAGUGGGUCACUAAUCCAAAGGCUUUCGUUUUCCUAGCUUUGCGCCAACUUCCGAGUCAUAUCGGGACCAUUACGCGCUGCUCAUAUGUGAAGUUGGAUGUGACAAAGUAUCAACUUCGUCCAACGAAAAUUGAAUUGUGUUCUCGCGUCAAUCUUCUUAUUAAACAUGUCAUUAGGAUUGUUGAUAAGAUGUGUUGA